UUUCGUACCAACUUCCUUACUGUCUGUCUGUGAAUGCAAGGUUAAAUGCCUAACUUCAAGCACAGACAUGAAAACCUGAUAGUCAGUAUUUUUAAAAGUACAAAUUUUUAUCAAUUCUAACCUAAUUCUCAGAUGAUUUUGAGCCUCGAUAUCCCAGUAUUUUUAAGUUCCCCGAUGUUGAAUUUUUAGUUGCAACCGCGUGGCAUAACAUUUUAUUGUAAGAUCAUCUUGGACAUUAGUUUUACCGAAAAAAAUGAGCCUGAAAGAUGUCAGCUGCACGUAAGAAUUCUUUGAUAAGGUUGUGCACAAAAAGCAACCUUGCAAGUUUCUAAAUCUUCGAUAAGCCCACAGAAUUAGGCUCACAUUCAGCGCCGUCUCUCAACUCUUUAGCUUCAUUGCGAUCUGUUGCAGUCAAUUACGAAUAUGUCCUCUAGAACACGGGUUAUGUAACGUGUAUCAUUAGCAUUUUAAUGUUCUUGCUGUUAUUAUCUAUGUUACUAUUACUUUAAAUCUUUUCCUGGUUAUAUAUAGAGUGCUGUUAUUAUUCAUUUCUACUGUAUUAUUUUUACAAUACUACCAUGACUGCAUUAAUGCUAAAAUGAUUUUUUUUCUCCCAGAGGAGGUUCAAUGACAUUAAAUUCAUCGGCACGCAGAUGUCGCUACCUUCAGCAAAAAAAAAAAUCGGAUUAAAUUCAACACAAAAAUUAGUCAUGAUUUUCCAUGAGCUUCCCGUUGAGUAAUACUGAGUUUGCAUGACAGGUACUUCACUAAUAUAUUUCCAAAUUGGAGCAUUGUAAUUAUCACGAUCUCGCGCAGAUAAUCGUAUUUUAUUGUGGAACGCUGGUAGUCGGAUUUUUUGUUGAACGUAAUCGCAUUAUUUGCGGUGAAACUAGACUUGUAACCUCAUUUAAAACCACAACUGCAACCCUAGCCGGCCCAGGAAUUUAAUUUACAUCUUAAUAUUCUAUUAUUGUUUAAUGUGAUAAUGGGUACGUUAAGCAUUAUUGAUGCUUUAAAUGUCUCGUCGACAUGGAUCAUUUCUAGUCCGGCAUUGCGGUCACUAGAGUAACUACAUUAACCGAUUUCAGAAAUAUUUUAGUUAUAUUUCAAGUACUGGUCUUGUUUUUCUUUUGGAUUUACAGGUUACAGGCUUAGAUAUUCGCAAGGCAAAAUAAGUUCAGUGUUUUUGGUCACAGUUUGUCAACUUUUUUCAAAGACAACUUGUAUAAAGUCACUGUUACUGGACCCAGUUGAAUAUCUAUUAUUGAGGCACCUAAAAUAACUCUAGUGCAUCCUAUUGGACGCAAUUUAUUAACUUCUCCUUACGACAAAUUAGAUAACUUCAGUAUAAUUGGUUGUCGAUUGGUAACUUUUUAUAAAAUAUAUGUGAUAACUUCAGUCUUACUGGACUCAGUCUAGUCUCGUUGCCUGAACUAGGGAAAAAAUUUUCAGUUGAACGUUAAAUUUCUAAAUUUUUGGCCAAAAUGUAAAAUGAAGAGAACGAAUGGCUUAGAACAACCAAUUACAUUUUGACGAAGUAGACCUACAAACUAAAAUACUAAAAUUUUAGGUUCCACGUUCUCAGGAUAUCAUAUCUUAUCUCAGGUUAUAGAUGAUAUAUUGACAAAUUUUCUGUUAUCUCAAGAUAUUAUCUCUGAUCUUAGGUAAUAAUUUAAAAGUAUUGAAAAUGUAUUUAUUCAUCACACUCGUGUUGCUGGCGGUGAUAUUACCGUGCCAAGCUUUCUUAUCACCGCCAAGCUUCCUGCGCUUCGGCAGCUGUAGCGAGGUGCCGGUGCAGGGCGGCCUCAACCUCCAGAAAUUCGCUGGCCUAUGGUACACCGUUGAAAAAAUGCCCAACGAAUACGACCCAGCCAAGUUCUGCAUCAACACGCAAUACUCCUAUCACGGCGAUCACAUGGAGUCGGUGCAGCGCGGCUUGUACGAGGAUCGCUCAAAGCAGAAGCUAAUGACGUUCUUAGUGGUUCCCAACGUAACUGAUCCUGUGAUGACUGUUAUUGCCGAUGGAAUGCCCAACGCUCCACUUAAGAUCAUCGCAACAGACUACGAUAACUACGCGUGUAUGUACACGUGUUUGGGCUUCGUUGGCUUGAAGGCGGAGUUCGGUAUGGUGCUGACCAGACAGGCCCUACCUCCGCCUUCCGCUGUUCAGGUCUGCCGAGAUCUCUUCGAAAAUUCCACCGACAUGAAUAUCUCGACGAUGGAAAUUAUUGAACAGGGCAAGAAUUGUCCGUAUUGGUCGAAACUUGACAAGCAAGAUCGCGACCUGUACGAGAGCUACCUGACUAGCCGCAGCCUCGUCUCAGAGAAGACUGAUCAAGAUAGAGAGACGGCAGCCGGAGCUCUGCACGACACGUUGAGCAACUCUGCAGCGAGAGCAAAACUUCUGGACCUGUCGCUGGCUUUAACGGCGUCACUAGUCUUCCUUCUACGUCACUUUUCCUAGUUAUUAUAAAGCAAUUAAUUUAAUACCUUAUACUGCAUCUACUAUCUCCUGAGUAAUUAUUAACAUCCUUGAUUUUUGUCUCGACUAGCAUAAAGAAAAGAUGUGAUUCGUAAUAAAAUCCUAAUUCUGAACUCCGUCAUGAUCAUGCAGUCAUUCUCUUCAAGAAUUAUUAUUCAAAGCAUGAAAUACAGUACAUCAAAUUCGAACA